AUGAAGGUUUUGAUCAUCCUUGCGCUGGCAGCGCUUUGCGCAGCAGCACCGCAACCCCGCGACAAGCGCAGCUUCGGCCUGCAGUUCGGCAACAACGCCGCCCAGUACCCCACCGCGUCCCUGCAGUCCAACAGCCAGCACUCCACUUCGUACCAGACCAACAGCCAGCACUCCACGUCGCUGCAGGUGCCGUACCAGCAGUACCAACAGUACCAGCCGGCAGUGCAACCCAUCUACAACGUCCAGCAGCCGCUCGCACAAGCACAGCAAGUGUACAACCCAGUCUACACCUACCCCAUCAGACAGCAAGCUACUUACACUCCACAAGUGCAGACCUUCAACCCGGUUCAGACCUACAGACCAGUCCAGACCUACAAACCCGUCCAAACGUACACCCCUACUCAGACUUACACACCCACUCAGACUUACACACCGGUCCAACAAUAUGUGAAUUCACAGGCUUACACCCCCAUCCAGACUUACACCCCCGUCCAGACAUACACCCCAGUACAGUCCUACACCCCGAGCAGAACGUACACGCAAACUUACGCCCCCGUGCAAUCAUACAACGCCGCGCCACUCCACUUGCAAGGACAAGCGUACGGCAACACCUGGAAGGCUGAUCCUUGGUGCUGAAAACUGCAACGUGGACUACUCCAGCCGCUCUCAAAUAUAAAGCAAUCCCACCUCAAUUCUGUCAUAAAUGUUUUAAAUUCAAAUAGCGAGAGGUAAAGACCACAAACUGGACCCACUCAACGAAUAUGUCGUCAGAGUGCUAGUUUCC